CUCUGGGUAAAGUGUAGUUGUGCCACUGGGCUCCACGCUUGACAUUUUCCGCCGGAAGAGCACUGUCGGGGUCGGGAUUCCUAGCCGCCGGGCAAGAUGCUCAAGUCCAGGACUUUCUUAAAAAAGACGCGGGCGGGCGGCGUGAUGAAGAUCGUGCGCGAGCACUACCUGCGGGACGACAUAGGCUGCGGUGCGUCUGGAUGCGCGGCGUGCGGCGGUGCGCACGAGGGGACGGUCCUCGAGCCGCAGCCCCUGGAUCGGGUCAGCAGCGUCUGCCCGCAGCCGCACUACUUGCUGCCUGACACCAACGUGCUGCUCCACCAGAUUGAUGUCCUUGAGGACCCUGCCAUCAGGAAUGUCAUUGUGCUACAAACAGUUCUCCAAGAAGUGAGAAAUCGGAGUGCUCCGGUAUAUAAACGAAUCCGAGAUGUGACUAAUAACCAGGAGAAGCAUUUCUAUACAUUUACUAACGAGCACCAUAGAGAAACUUAUGUAGAACAAUUACAGGGAGAAACUUCUAAUGACAGGAAUGAUAGAGCCAUUCGAGUAGCAGCAAAGUGGUACAACGAACAUUUGAAGAAAAUAUCGGCAGAGAAUCAGCUGCGAGUUAUCUUCAUAACCAAUGACAGGAAAAACAAAGAGAAAGCCAUAGAAGAAGGGAUACCAGCUUUCACUUGUGAAGAAUAUGUAAAAAGCCUAACUGCUCACCCUGAACUCAUAGAUCGUCUUGCUUGUUUGUCUGAAGAAGGGAAUGAGUUUGGGAGUUGGAAAAAUAAAUAUUUUCAAGAGCAUCUUCCAUUAAGUAAGCGACAACGCAUAAAAUCUGGUACAUACCUUCAAGGGACAUUAGAGCCAGCAGGGAAAAAUUACUCAGAAGCUAUAAAAACAGUCUGGGUUCAUGGUGACACUGAAGACAAGAAGGAGAUAAUCUUACAAGGACUUAAAAUUAACCGAGCUAUUCAUGAAGAUAUUGUGGCUGUGGAGCUUCUUCCAAAGAAUCAGUGGGUAGCACCAUCUUCUGUGGUUUUACUUGACGAAGGUCAAAAUGAAGAUGAUAUGGAGAAAGAAGAGGAGAGAGAACGCAUUCUUAAGACUGCUGUAAGUGAAAAAAUGUUAAAGCCUACAGGUAGAGUUGUUGGAAUAAUAAGAAGGAACUGGAGACCAUAUUGUGGCAUGCUUUCUAAGUCUGAUAUUAAAGAGUCAAGAAGACAUCUCUUUACUCCUGCUGAAAAGAGAAUCCCUAGAAUUCGGAUAGAAACCAGACAGGCCUCUACAAUAGAAGGGCAGAGAAUUAUUGUUGCUAUUGAUGGUUGGCCCCAGAAAUUCCAGAUAUCCAAUGGACACUUUGUAAAAAAUUAGGGUGAAGUCUGAGACAAAGAGACUGAAACAGAAGUUUUGUUACUUGAGCAUGAUGUUCCAUCACCUUUCUCACAGGCUGUUCUUAGCCUUCUACCAAAGAUGCCCUGGCGCAUCACUGAGAAGGACAUGAAAAACAGAGAAGACCUGAGACAUCUGUGUGUUUGUAGUGUGGACCCCCCAGGAUGUACUGAUAUAGAUGAUGCUCUCCAUUGUAGAGAACUUGAAAAUGGAAAUUUGGAGGUUGGUGUUCAUAUUGCUGAUGUUAGCUAUUUUAUUAGACCAGGAAAUGCAUUGGAUCAAGAAUCAGCUAGAAGGGGAACAACUGUGUAUCUUUGUGAAAAGAGGAUUGACAUGGUUCCAGAGUUGCUUAGCUCUAACUUAUGUUCCCUAAGAUCUAACGUUGACAGGUUGGCAUUUUCAUGUAUUUGGGAAAUGAAUCACAAUGCCGAAAUCUUAAAAACAAGGUUUACCAAAAGUGUCAUUAAUUCAAAGGCUUCCCUUACAUAUGCUGAAGCUCAGAUGAGAAUUGAUUCAGCAGCCAUGAAUGAUAGUAUUACUGCUAGUCUCCGUGGACUAAAUAAACUAGCUAAAAUUUUGAAAAAAAGAAGAAUUGAGAAUGGGGCUUUGACUCUUUCUUCUCCAGAAGUUCGAUUCCACAUGGACAGUGAAACUCAUGAUCCUAUAGAUCUGCAGACCAAGGAACUUAGAGAAACAAAUUCCAUGGUGGAAGAAUUUAUGUUACUUGCCAACAUCUCUGUUGCAAAAAAAAUUCACGAAGAAUUUUCUGAGCAUGCUCUGCUUCGAAGACAUCCUGCUCCCCCUCCAUCAAAUUACGAAAUUCUUGUUAAGGCAGGUAAAUCCAAGAAUUUGGAAAUUAAAACUGAUACAGCCAAGGCUUUGGCUGACUCUUUGGACCGGGCUGAUUCACCUACCUUCCCAUAUCUAAACACCCUGUUAAGAAUAUUGGCAACUCGCUGCAUGAUGCAAGCUGUGUACUUCUGCUCUGGAAUGGAUACUGAUUUUCAUCACUAUGGCUUAGCAUCCCCAAUAUACACACAUUUUACUUCACCCAUCCGAAGAUACGCAGACAUCAUCGUUCAUCGGUUGUUGGCUGUGGCUGUCGGGGCCGACUGCACUUACCCAGAGUUGACAGACAAACACAAGCUUGAAGAUUUAUGUAAAAAUCUCAAUUUCCGGCACAAAAUGGCACAGUAUGCUCAGCGUGCAUCUGUGUCUUUUCAUACCCAGUUAUUUUUCAAAAGCAAAGGAAUAGUAAGUGAAGAAGCUUAUAUUCUAUUUGUGAGAAAGAAUGCUAUUGUGGUGUUAAUUCCAAAGUAUGGUUUAGAAGGCACAGUGUUUUUUGAAGAAAAGGACAAACCAAAGCCACGGCUUACUUAUGAUGAUGAGAUACCAUCACUUAAAAUAGAAGAUACAGUGUUUCAUAUAUUUGAUAAAGUUAAAGUGAAAAUCAUGUUAGACUCUUCUAAUCUUCAGCAUCAGAAAAUCCGAAUGUCCCUGGUAGAACCACAGAUACCAGGAAUAAGCGUUCCUACUGAUACUUCAAACAUGGACAUUAGUGAACCAGAGAGAAAGAAGAAGAAGCUUCAAAAAUAGCUACAGUCAAGAAAAAAAAACUUCAAAGAUUGGUUUCCUUAAAAAAAAAAAUCUUGAGGGAACACUUGUAAACCUAAGAAGUGUGUGAUGCAGUUUGUUACUUCUAAGUACAUUUUAAUAAUUUUUAAAAUUUGCAUUUUUAUUGAACUGUUGACUGUGUCUGUCCCAUCAUACUGCUUCCUUUCUGGAUUGAACAGAACUAUUUAUGCAGAAAAACUCGAUUGAACAAGCAUCACUUAAAUCGUGACAGGAUAACAACUUGAGGGACCUGUAAAGAUCAUUUAAAGGGGGCACUCACCUGCUCACUGAAGAGGAGAUGAAUUUUGCAUAAGUAAUUUGAUUAUCUACUGUUGAUAGAAAAAAACUGUAAUUUUCCUAUGGAGAAAAUAUAACAUUUUUAGAAGGAACAGUCUAUUCUUUCUAAGUCUUGAAAGCUGUCAGUGUACGGUACAGCAGUUUUUAGAUUUCAAGACAAUGAAGUCAGGAGCUGUCAGGGACUUCAGCAUUUAAUCUCCUUUGCCACUUUUAAUUUACCCGACUUAUACUAAGUGUUCCUUUACUAUUAAAAGCCUCCUGCAUUUUA